AUGGAAAACUUUAAACUAGAGGACUUUCAGGAAGCGACGAGAGUUAUCAGAGAAUUCAUCCCAAGGACCGCCCUUCAUAAGUCACCGAGUUUGUCCAAUCUGCUAUCUGCAAAGAUUUAUCUCAAAUUGGAGAAUCAAAAUGUCACUGGAUCUUUCAAAAUCAGGGGAGCCAUGUAUUCAGUAAAAACUUUGAAAAAUAUUUAUGAAGAAUUUAUAACCGCUAGCUCUGGAAAUCAUGGUCUUGCAUGCGCUUGGGCGUUUUCUAGAGUCAAUACAAUUGGAAAAAUCUAUCUUCCUGAGAAAAUUUCUCAGCUGAAACUCGAAAAACUAACGAAAACUGGAUGUGAACUCAUUUUCGUCGAUGGCGAUCAAGUCGAAGUCGAGUUGGCGGCAAAAAAUGCAGCGGAAGCAAACAAGAGCAAAGUCAAAUUUCUCAGUCCCUACAACGACUUGAACAUCAUCCGGGGCCAGGGAACAAUCGGCAUCGAGAUUUUCCAGCAAUGCCCAAAAGUCGACGUCGUUUUUGUCACUGUUGGUGGAGGCGGGCUGAUUUCAGGAGUUGCUGCGGCGCUGAAGCUUCAAAAACCAUCGAUCAAAAUCUAUGGAUGUUUACCAAAGAAUUCUCCAGUCAUGAAGGAAUCUAUCGAAGCCGGGAAGAUAAUUGAAAUGGAAUCGAAGGAAACUCUUUCGGAUGGAAAUGAGGAGCAAAUAAUCGAAGGCGCAGCUGGAGUGGGUCUUGCUUCAAUGAUCAAAAAAGCGCCAGAAAUCAAGGGAAAAUUCGUCGUUUCGAUUCUUUGCGGAGGCAAUAUUGAUGAAAAGACGCAUUCGAAGAUUUUGUUCGACAGAAAGAAAGUGCGAAAAACAAGAAUUGUUCGCUCUCUUGAGGAGCCAGAAUUGAUUACUUGA